AUGAUGAAUAUUUCUCUGAAGCAUCUAACUUUACAAAAUUUAUAUGGACACUCCGAUUUCAUUAGCACAUCUGCGUAUAAAAACGCUGUUUUUAGUAGAUGCAAUGUUAGAAAUUCAUUUCGAGGCUUUUUAUUAGAUUCAAAAUUAUCAAAAACAGAAUUUUCAUCAAGUAUAUUCAAAAACUUUCUUACAACAGUCGUAAAAACUCAAGAACAAGAUUAUUAUAAUCAAACAAUUAAUAAAUACUUAGUUAAUAUUGAAAACCCAUUAAAUUUCACGAAAUGCACAUUUUACGGUAUCAAAUCAUUAACCUAUGGUAGUUGCAUAAACACUUGCAAGCCAUUAUACUUAGAUUCUUGUUUAUUUUAUGAUCUUCAAGCUCUUAACGGAGGAGUUAUUUAUUCGAUGUCUAAUGUAGACAUCAAACACAGUACUUUCAAUUCGUGUUCUGCAUUCGAAACGGCCGGAGUCCUUAAGCAAGUUGGAGAUAACACUACAUCUCUCUUAAUUACUUCAUCUUCUUUUGAUAAAAAUGAGGCGAAGACAUUUGGAUGCCUGUACAGAUGGUCACAUAAAUGGUGCAAUAUUCAAAUGUCAAACUAUACAAAUAUAAAAGCUUCAGAUUGCGUUGGCGUUAUGGAGAUCGCAAGCACAGAUUUCGAUAUGUACUAUUGCACCUUUCGAAAAUGUCAGGCAUUGGUCAAUAAUGGCUGUGUUUUGGUUCGUGGACCACAUCAUUGCGAAAUUUGGCGAAAUAUUUUUGUUUCUGUCAAACACAAUUCAGAAUCAUAUGUCACUGCAGCUGCUGUUUAUAUUGCUGAUGCUGUUGUAACGUCCAGAGUAGCUUAUUCGAUAUUCCAAGAUACAUCUAGCACUUAUGUCGUAUCUGCAGGCAACAAUGGUAAAUUAAAUGUAUUAGGAUGCAUAUUCUCAUCAUCUCGUAGCGUCAUUUGGGUAUUUAAGAGAGUUAUGAUCACAGAUUGCAAAUUUAAUACAAGAGUUCUUUAUCCAACCUUUAUUCCCGAUGUUCUCUUGAAUGCAAUGCAAACUCCCUCUGAUACCAAUAUGAAUAUCUCAUUUUUGAAUAUAAGUUACAAUAAUCUCGGAAUUGCGUUCUUAUUAUCCGUUGCAGGAACAAUAGCUUUGUCAAUUAUUCAGCAUAAAGCUGUCCAAUAUAUUAAUCAUCAUAAGAAAUCUUUGUAA